GGUGUAAUCGAUUCUGUUUGUCUUUCUUUCUGUACAUCGAGCGCUUUUUCCCACAAUAACUAUCUAAUACUCGCGGAUUUUGUUUCUGGUCUAGUAUGUCUAACAUGAACACGACCGAGAGAGUGAACGUGGUUGGGUUCAAGAAUUGGAGCUCCAUAGUCCCCGGAUGGAGCGAAGAAUCGACAGAAGAGUGCGAGUGAUGCUCCUUAGGGACUCCGGGCACCGCCACAAACACACCACAUGACAAACUCCGAGGCAAGCACAUCCCUAUCAUCCGCCGGCCAAAGAUUUUUCACCGACUCAGUCAGUCGCGGAGUUCCUUCUCAAGGGGAAACAGCGUUUAAAACAUUCUGAUCGAGAGGGAUUUUAGAGCCACAUUAUGUGUAGCUAGUGCAAGACCUCAUCCAGAACUCCAGACUUCUUCAUUAGACACCCAUCGCCCUUCUUUCAAGUAGACUAUCAAAAUUCAUUCAGUAACCAUGGCUAGAUCUCAAUUGUUAUGGGCCUGCUUGAGCGCUCUCUUGAGCGUGUCCUUAGCCGGCUACAUCAAUCCUCGGACCUCCGAAGAAGACCUCCUCAGUGAUAUUUGGGCCUCCAUUGAUUCGGACAAUGCCCAGCCUCACAACAUCCAAGAACGUUCACCUCAGCGCGGAUUCCCAAGCUUAAAGGAGUCCUUCUCCCUCAGUGAGAUUGUGAAUUUUGUGCACCGCAGCGAACAAUGGAACGGCACGUGGGUCUCGGAUACCGAAUACGCCUACCGGAAUCGGGACGGAGCUUUGGCCUUGUUUUCGGUUGUGUCAGGCCAAAGUACCACUCUGGCUCCGCCUCAGGUUUUGGAGCAGCCUCGCGUGUUCAAGUAUUGGUUGUCCCCUGACCUUCAGUACAUCCUCAUGGCCGUCCGACCUCAAAAGUUGUUCCGACAUAGUUUCAUCGCCUUGUACGACAUCUACAACAUCCGCACGGGUCAACGCACAACCCUCCAGCCUCCUGCGAGUGUCCUAAGAGAUUUUGGACCCCCCGAAGGCCCAGGAUUUGGACCUCCAGGCCGACCCAAGGGACCGCAGCAAUUGCCGUUGUUGUUUGCUACUUGGUCACCCACCGGAAACGCUUUGGCCUACGUGUUCAGGAACAAUAUUUACUACCGAGAAAGUCCUGAAUCAAAUGAUGUUGCCAUCACAUCAACGGGUAUCCCUGGUGUGGUGUUCAAUGGCAUUGCUGAUUGGGUCUAUGAGGAGGAGGUCAUCUCUGACACGAAGGCAUUGUGGUUUAGCCCGGAUAAUAGACAUUUGGCAUGGAUCGAGUUCAACGAUACCGAGGUGGAGGUGAUGCCCCUUCAAGUCUAUGGACAACCCAAUCGAUUGGAAUUCCAAUAUCCCAUUCCUACACCCUUGAGUUACCCCAAACCUGGCCGAACUAAUCCCUUCGUCAACGUGUACGUGGCGGAUGUCUCCACCCGAUCUCCCCGGUCCUAUCUUCUUGAACCGCCCACUUAUUUCGGCGACAGGGAGAAGAUCAUCUAUGCCGUAACUUGGGCCAAUAAUAAAGAGGUAUCCCUCACUUGGGAGAACCGCCACCAGAACUACUCCAUCGUGUCCAUUUGUGAUGUGGCUGUGGCAAAUUGUCGCGAUUCUCUCGUCAUGACCGAACCCAAUGGUUGGCUUGAACUGGAUCAAGCUCCCGUGUUUACUCAAGAUGGUCGGCAAUUCGCCAUGUCACUCUCGGCUGACGGAUUCAAGCACGUUAAUGUAAUCAAUCGGGACACCAAUCAAAGGAUCCCCAUCACUUCAGGCAACAUGGUGGUGACCGAGAUCUUUCAUUGGGACGAGAAACAGCACGUCAUUUAUUUUGAGGCGACGCGAGUUGGAGCCCCUGGGGAACGCCAUUUGUACACCGUAACUGAUUUCGACUCAGGUCGACCUGGGAUCGUGACUUGUAUUAGUUGCGAUGUGGUCAACAGUCGUGGCGGUGCCUGCGGGUAUAACCAAUUUGAAUUUUCCACCCAAAAGUCUUACUUCACCCUCUCGUGCCAAGGUCCUCAUGUGCCCCAAGAGUAUCUCUUCAAGGCUCCGGGUCAGAAGAUUGCCACCUUGGUCACCAAUGACGAUCUCUCCGAUGCCUUGGCCGCUAAGAACUUACCCAAGAUUUCUAAUCUGGACGUGAAGAUUGACGGAGGCCGUCAUGUGGCCAAAGUCAGGUUGUAUCUACCGCAUAACUUCAAUGAGAGGAAGCAAUAUCCCCUGCUGGUCAACGUCUACGGAGGGCCUAAUUCCCAACAAGUGAACGACAAGUUCAAGCUCGAUUGGGGAACUUAUUUGACCACAUCCGAGGAAGUCAUUUAUGCCGUUAUUGAUGGUCGAGGUUCGGGAUAUCGUGGGGACGAUAUUCUCUUCUCCUCUUACUACAAUAUUGGCCAAAACGACGCUCAAGAUCAGAUCGAUGUAACCAAGAAGCUCAUUUCCUUGUACUCUUUCAUCGACGCCACGAAUGUCGCCAUUUGGGGAUGGUCCUAUGGAGGUUUCAUGAGCAUCAAGAUCCUGGAGAAAGACGCUGAUCAAAGCAACAUCUUUAAAUGUGGCAUGGCCGUGGCGCCAGUGACGAGUUGGAUUUACUAUGACAGUAUCUACACCGAGCGCUAUAUGGGUCUGCCUAAUCCCGGUGACAAUAUCGAUGGCUACAAUAACGCUGAUACCACCAAAGACGUGGAAAAACUCCGGAACAAGAAACUCUUCAUUGCUCACGGAACUGGAGAUGAUAACGUGCACUACCAAAACAGCUUGAUGAUCAUUCGAGCUUUGGAGGAGGCUGAUAUCUUAUUCCAAGAACACACCUACACGGAUGAGAACCACGGCAUUGUGGGCCUUCGACCCCAUCUUUAUCAUUCUCUCACAAACUUCUUGCUUAACGAUUGUUUCGGUCGCAAUGAAGUCGUCAAAGGUUGACAGAGGACUGGAUCUUGGAGUUAGAUCAAUGUCUUAGUUAGGAUGAGGAAAUGGCUAUAUUUUCCUACGAAAAAAAUGACCUGAAUGUCUUCUUUUAUUUUACUUGAAUGUGUAUAUAUAUUGUGAGAGAACCUGCCAUACACAGAGAAUAGUACAACCCUAAAAUAGUA